ACGGAUAAAGUAGCGCGAGCGAGCGUCUGUUGUCAGCAGUCGGAGAUCACACACGCGCGAGAGUGAGGAAGAACAACAAGCCAACUGCAAACUACUGCCAAACCGAGAGCAGUACAGCUCACGGACCAUACAAGAAGCCAACUCCAAAGGAGCUUUUAUACUUUAAAGAGCACAAAGCUCACUGCAGCACACUCCAUCAUUAGAAGAGAAAAAAGACGGAAGGAAAUAAGAGCGGGGCUGGCGAGUUUCAAGGCAACGCUUCACUCUUCUUGGCAAGUUUAGACGAAUAUACCAUUAACAAAAUUGAUCAAAUCGCGUUCAAGAUGCCUCGGGUGGUCCCGGAUCAGAGGAGCAAGUUCGAGAACGAGGAGUUCUUCAGGAAACUCAGCCGCGAGUGCGAGAUUAAAUACACCGGUUUCCGCGAUCGGCCGCACGAGGAAAGGCAGGCGCGCUUCCAGAACGCGUGCCGUGACGGCCGCUCAGAGAUAGCUUUUGUGGCGACCGGCACCAACCUCUCGCUGCAGUUCUUCCCAGCCAACCUUCAUGGGGAUCAGCGGCAGGCGCCCACCCGAGAAUAUGUGGACUUCGAGCGGGAGACGGGAAAGGUAGUCCUGACUCUUUCUUUGCUGAGUUUAAAGUGCACCAAUUCACCUUUCCUAUAUAUAUAUAUAUAUAUAUAUAUAUAUAUAGUUCAUAUUGUAUUUAUUUUUUUAAGUUUCUGCACCCCUGUUUGUGUUAUUACGUGUGUUUAC